AUGGGCUGCGGGGUGUCUCGCCAGCCUUUUAGCACGGAGCUGAGGCCGCUGCGUGCCACGAGGGAAUGUGCACCCGGUGGCUUUGAUUGUGCUGCCGGUUGUGGUGGCCACCCGAAACAAAUUACGGGCGAAUCCCACGAGAAUGGCAUUUCUUCGGAGCGCCCCUCACCUGAUGGAGGUUCUGCCACCAAAAGUGACUCACCGCCGCCUCGUUUUUCGGCUGCCGAAACCGUCGUUGGUGGCAACAGCCAUAGGGAUGACAGCAGAGAUGAAGUCAAAUUUUCUGUUGAGUGGAACCGUUCUGUUUCACCCGUGCCUGGUCUCUCCGAGUACGCAACGCUCCCAUUGCGUCAUGUACACAAGAAACUGAAGCACAAUCAUCGUGUGUUUAGAAUAUGCCUUACAGGUGGUCCUUGUGGGGGGAAGUCGACGCUUCUCACGCAGCUGCAGGCAAAGAUGCCACAGCGCACAGGGUACAAAGUCUUUUGUGUCCCAGAGGCGGCGACGCUGCUUGUAACGGGCGGCAUGGUUUGGAACAGUGACCUCAUUGAGGAGCAGCAGUUGGCACUUCUCCGCGUGCAAAUAGGUCUGGAGGAUCAGUUCUACAAUGUGGCGAUGGCUUCGGGAGCGCCAAGCAUUGUCAUCUCCGACCGUGGAACGAUGGAUGGAAGGGCGUUUUGCUCCGAAGAGAUUUUUGAACGGUUAUUGCGACGUUUGAAUGUAACACUAGAGACGCUACGAGAUCGCUACGAUGCGGUCAUCCACCUUGUGACCGCUGCCAGUGGCGCCAAAGAGUACUACAAUCUGGACAACCCAAGCCGCUAUGAAAAUGUUGAGGAGGCCGUUGAGUCUGAUAAGAAGCUGCGGCAGGUGUACGUUGGGCACC